AGCAACAUUUGCACUUCCUCCCACAAAAAAGGAUCGCGAUUGUUACAGGAGCGAAUAAAGGGAUUGGAUUAGAAAUAUGCAGGCAGCUAGCUUCCAAGGGGGUCAUGGUGAUUUUAACAGCAAGAGAUAAGAAGAGAGGCCAUGAAGCUGUUCAAAGUCUCCAUGAUUCAGGAUUCUCUGAUGUAGCUUUUCACCAACUUGAUUUGAUGGAUCUGAUCAGUAUUGAUUCCUUUGCUAGUUUUAUCAGAACUCAGUUCCAAAGGCUUGAUAUACUGGUAAAUAAUGCAGGAAUCUCUGGAGCCAUAUUUGACGCUGAAGCUUUUAUUAGCUUAAAUCUCAAGAGUGGUGAGAUUUUAGGUGAAAAUGCUCACUUGGUGAAACAAAUUAUGAAACAAACUUAUGAGACAGCUGAAGGGUGCUUAAGAACUAACUACUAUGGAACUAAGCAAGUGACAGAAGCACUUAUUCCACUUCUUCUACAGUCUGAUUCAGCAAGAAUAGUGAAUGUCUCCUCAGCCUUGGGGCAGUUAAAGUUCCUCUCACAUGAAAGGGCAAACAGGGUACUCCCAUAUGUUAAGGUUUUGUUAAGACAUGGAGCUCGAUCUAGAUGUAGGAAGCAAUGGUACACUAAGCUUGGUGGAGCUCCAGCUGAUUUUAGUACAAUAAGCUUUCUGAGAGGUGUUGGUGCUUGA